GGAAAAUACUGAUUGAAAGUUGUGACAUGCACGAAUCCCACGAAGUGACGGAGGUUAAAUUAAUAGGGGUGUUUCUUGACGUUGUUUCGAUCUAAGGAGACUUCAAAAAAUUGAGGAAAAAAUCUUGUUUGUUUAAGUUUAAACGCUCGAAACUGCUCUGACAGGAGAGCGUCAGGAUGGGGCAACUUUUCCGCAGCGAGAGAAUGGUCCUUAGCCAGGUGUUCCUUCAGUCCGAGGCUGCCUACAACUGUGUGGCUGAGCUGGGGGAACUUGGGCUGGUCCAGUUCAUUGAUUUGAGUCCACAUCUGAAUGCUUUUCAACGAAAGUACGUCAAUGAGGUACGACGCUGUGAUGAAAUGGAGAGAAAAUUGCGUUAUGUGGAGAAAGAGGUGAAAGGGGCAAAGCUCACCGUCAACGACUCUGACACGGAGGUCCCAGCCCCGCACCCAAGGGAGAUGAUUGAUCUGGAGGCCAACUUUGAGAAGAUAGAGGUGGACAUGAAGGAAGUCAACAGCAAUCACGAGACGUUGCAGCGCAACUACCUGGAGCUGACGGAACAUCGGCACGUCCUGAGGAACACCACUGAGUUCUUUGCCGAGGCAGAGUUGUUCCAUCAGGAUCGGGAGGUGGAAGAAGCCCGCGCGUCCGGAUACAGCCGCUUUGACGUGGAGGAGGGCGUUCGUCAGGUGCGCUCCCAGAUCAAAUUCGGCUUUGUUGCUGGAGUGAUCGGUCGGGAGCGCGUGCCGUCGUUUGAGCAGACUCUGUGGCGCGUCUGCCGCGGGAACGUCUUCCUGCGACACAUGAGCAUCGAUGAACAGCUUGAGGACCCCAGCACGGGAGAUGAAGUCUUCAAACAUGUCUUCAUUGCUUUCUUCCAAGGAGACCAGCUGGGAGGCCGCGUUAAGAAAGUCUGUGAAGGAUUUCACGCAACUCUGUAUCCGUGCCCGGAGAACGCCAUGGAGAGAAGCGAGAUGUGCACAGGGGUUGCCAAGAGACUGGAAGACCUGAAACGAGUCCUGGUCCAGACUGAGGACCACCGGCAGCGCGUCCUGGCCUCGGCGGCCAGCAACCUCUGGGUCUGGUUUGUCAAGGUGCGCAAGCUGAAGGCCAUCUACCACACCCUGAACCUCUGCAACGUGGACGUCACCCACAAGUGUCUGAUCGCUGAGUGCUGGUGCCCCGAGAACGAGCUGGGGCGCAUACGCCUGGCCCUGCAGCAUGGAAACGAGAGAAGCGGGUCAACUGUGCCAUCCAUUCUGAAUAUUGUGACGACAAACGAAGACCCGCCAACGUACAACAACACCAACAAGUUCACCAGUGCCUUCCAGGCCAUCGUGGAUGCCUACGGGGUGGCUAACUACCGGGAGAUCAAUCCAGCGCCGUAUACUAUCAUCACUUUCCCGUUCUUGUUCGCGGUGAUGUUUGGCGAUGCCGGCCACGGCACCCUCAUGGCCUUAUUUGGCCUCUGGAUGAUCCUCAAGGAGGCUAAGCUGAUUGCUGCCAAGUCCACCAACGAGAUGUGGACCGUGAUCUUCGGCGGGCGCUACAUCAUCUUCUUCAUGGGUCUGUUCUCCAUCUACACCGGAUUCCUGUACAACGACUUCUUCUCCAAGUCGGUUAACGUCUUUGGGUCCAGCUGGAACGUAUCCGGAAUGGUCAACUUCACUGAGGAUCUGUUGGAUCAGAACAUCAAACUGCAGCUAGACCCAGUUCAAACGUACUCUGGAGAUCCUUAUCCCUACGGUUUUGAUCCUAUAUGGCAGUUGUCGGAGAACAAGCUGAAUUUCCUGAACCCCUUCAAGAUGAGGAUCUCCAUCAUCUUUGGCGUGACCCACAUGAUGUUUGGCAUCUUCCUCAGCUUCUUCAAUUACAUGAGCCGUCGUGAGUAUAGCCGCAUCUUCCUGGAAUUCAUUCCGCAGGUCCUGUUCCUGGGGCUGAUCUUCGGCUACCUGGUCUCUCUGAUCUUCUUCAAGUGGUUGGCCUACGACGCCAGCACAUCCAAGUCUGCGCCAAGCAUCAUCAACAUAUUCAUCUUCAUGUUCAUGGUCUCCAACAAACCCGAGCUGUACAUGUAUUCCGGCCAGUUCUACGUUCAGGUGGUUUUGCUUGUCGUUGCGGUGCUGUGCGUUCCCAUCAUGCUCUUUGGCAACCCCAUCUACCUGCUCAUCAAACACAGCCUGAAGAAGAACACCUUCCAGCCCAAAAUGCGGUUCUCGACGCUUCUAAUGCAGCGCCUGAACAGACAGGAGGACUCGAUGGGCAUCGCGAUCAACGACUCGCUUGACGAGCAGUUUCAGACAGAGAGCUCCAGCCAGGGUAACAGUCUGGAGGGCAGCUUGGAGGAAGAUGGAGUGGGCACUAGGACUAAGGAGGAGUUUGAUUUCGGUGAACUGAUGAUUCGCCAGGCCAUCCACACCAUUGAGUUUUGCCUCGGCUGCGUCUCCAACACUGCCUCCUAUCUACGUCUGUGGGCGCUCAGCCUGGCACACGCAGAGCUAUCAGAGGUUCUAUGGACCAUGGUUAUGCACAACGGCCUGGCUUUGACUUUACUACCGGUAUCCUUCGGCUGGGUCGCCCUCGUCCCUGUCUUUGUGGCCUUCGCCGAUAUGACGGCUGCAAUCCUGCUGCUCAUGGAGGGCCUGUCGGCGUUCCUCCACGCUCUCCGACUCCACUGGGUGGAGUUCCAGAACAAGUUCUACAAAGGAGAGGGCUACCUCUUUGUCCCGUUCUCCUUCGCCAAGAUUCUCGAAGCUGAAGAGGAAUAGUUUGUCCUCAUCCGUGGUUGCACACAGCUUCACCUGAAGUCUAAGCCCAAAUGCAGACAGAGGACCAAUUAUAAAACCAAAUUUUCCUUAUAAAUAUUGAUGAUGGAUAACGAUAACGAUGGAUAUACCUUACUUUCAAUUAAUUUAAUUUGUAAAUUUGCUAAGGAGUUCAUUUGGGAAACCUUAAUGACAAACUUCUUGAUUUUUAAAAUUUUUCCUAGGAACGAAAAUUUCCAACUAAAAUACCUAUAACUCUGUCUGAUUUUGUCUGAUUCCCAUAUUCUAUACAUCAUUGGAAAGCUUAUUCAAUGUCCUUUCCAAUGAGGCCAGAAUCCCAGAUUUUUGAAAAUUGGUCCAAGUGACUGGUUUUGUGCUGAAGGGUCACAUUGCAAUUUCAUGGUUCUACUUACUGUAAAUGAAGAACUUUCACUAGCUAGGUAAAGCAGAUGUUUGCUGGUGUGUAUGUUUACACCUCUAAGGAUUCAGCGUUCAUAGUUAGGCCAAAAAAAAAUUUGGUCUCUGGUCAGACCAAAGUUCCGGAAUUGACGCGGCGACACAGCUUUUUUUUUUUUUUUCAAGCUUGGAUUGUACAGACAAGGUG